ACUCUCGCUUAAUUUAGAUCCAAAAUCUGACUACAAUGUGUCCACACUUUGAUCUGUCUUUGUCCUAAUGGACCACCUGCUUAGCCUGCUCUUAGGACUGGCUUAUCUGAAGCAUGUGCUGCUGUUUGCAUGGCCGCAUGCUUUAUGAUGCUAUACUGUCUGUGUGUUGUUAAAAAUGUGUACAAAUUAAAGGCUACUGUCAGGCCACUGGUUCCCGCCUACAAAUCAUAGAAGUCCUGCACGUUUCCAUCUUUAAUCAACUCUAAUUUAAUCCUGCACCACAAGAAAUCUAAUUGGAUCCCAUGGGAAUGCAGACCUCCAACAUAAAUCUCAUUUGUGCUUUUGGUCAACUAAAAAAAAAAAAAAAAAAGUUGUGACAUCAUUGACACCUUUUGUGUGUCACAAUCGCACAAAAAAAAGAAAGAAAAGAGAUUAGAAAGCUCCAGCACAAGGGAAGGAUAGACUAUUUUUUUUUUUAACAAUACUUUUAUUGUGCUUUUUGGAGCUUGGCAGCAUAAACUACUACCCAUGUCCUUGUAUGUAAAACAGACACUUUGACAUUAUACCUUAGAACUUAGUUUGUGUUCCACAGAAGAAGAAAAUAUAAUGCAGGGCUUAACUUGAGAAUCAGUAAAUAAUAAAAAAAAAUAUUCCUUUAAUUUUGAUGUACCAAUAAACCUGGCACAUCAUCUUGAUAGAAAACUCUUUCCACCCCUCCAUCCCUGUCUGGCCUUUCUCGCUCUGUCUUUCUCAUUCACAUUUGCUUUCUCCUCUCCUUGCCUCAAUCCAGACCCUCCCUCUCCCCAUUUUCUCUCUCUCUUUUUCUCCCUCGCACAUACAUACUCGCACACACACACACUGCCUCCUUUCACUCUCACUCUGCCAGUCUGCAGUUCAACAUGUUGCCUGCGCGAUGCUGCGCUCCACAGUGGAAGCCAUCCUGCCGGUGUACCGGCCGCGCACCACAGCCCGAGCGUCAGUGCUCCAUCUGAAGGACCUGUGUGAGGAGGAGCGCGACCCUCACAAACCCCAGCCACCGUCCGACAGAGAGGAACAGCACGCCAGCUCCAUGUGGAGGGAGGCUAUGCGUAAGCGGAGCUACUUGCUGGAGAGGGGCUCCCGGACAGGAGGAGAUGUAACAGGAGGAGGAGGUGUGCGUGGCCGGAGACAGAGGUCCCCAGACUGGCUGUAUGACUCCUACUAUCUUAUGAGCCAGCAGCACCCACUUAUUGUUUUUCUGCUCCUCAUUGUGAUGGGUGCCUGCCUGGCUCUGUUGGCUGUCUUCUUCGCCUCUGGGCUGGAUAUCGAGGAUCACAUCGCCUUUGUAAUCACUGUCCCCACUGCGCUGGCUAUUUUCCUCACUAUCUUUGUUCUGGUCUGCAUCGAGUCCGUCUUCAAGAAGCUGCUUCAUGUUUUCUCCUUGGUGAUCUGGGCCUGCCUGGUUGCCAUGGGUUACCUCUUUAUGUUUUUUGGAGGAAUCAUCUGUCCCUGGGAUCAGGUGUCAUUCUUCUUGUUCAUCAUCUUUGUUGUAUACACCAUGCUUCCCUUCUCCAUGAGGGAUGCUAUCAUAGCCAGCGUGCUCACCGCGUCCUCUCACACUGUUGUCCUCAGUGUCUGCCUCUCCUCUACAGUCGACCAUGUGGAGCCCCUGGUAUGGCAGAUCCUGGCAAAUAUCAUAAUUUUCAUAUGUGGGAACCUGGCAGGAGCAUACCAUAAACACCUGAUGGAACUGGCGCUAAAGCAGACAUAUCAAGACACCUGCAACUGUAUAAAAUCACCCAUCAAACUGGAGUUUGAGAAGCGUCAGCAGGAACGUCUGUUGCUGUCUCUGCUUCCUGCUCACAUUGCCCGAGUGAUGAAAGCUGAAAUCAUACAGAGACUACAGGGGCCGAAGUUUGGUCAGGUGGAAAACACCAACAACUUCCAUAAUUUAUAUGUACAACGUCACACCAACGUCAGUAUUUUGUAUGCUGAUAUUGUUGGAUUUACCCGCUUGGCCAGCGAUUGCUCACCUGGAGAGCUGGUCCAUAUGCUGAAUGAACUAUUUGGCAAAUUUGAUCAAAUUGCCAAGGAAAAUGAAUGUAUGAGAAUCAAAAUUCUAGGGGACUGUUAUUACUGUGUAUCUGGCCUUCCAGAGUCUUUGCCAAAUCAUGCCAAAAACUGUGUGAAGAUGGGACUUGACAUGUGUGAAGCUAUUAAGAAAGUGCGAGACGCCACAGGAGUGGACAUUAACAUGCGAGUGGGCGUUCACUCUGGAAACGUUCUCUGCGGUGUGAUUGGCCUCCAGAAAUGGCAAUAUGAUGUCUGGUCUCAUGAUGUGACUUUAGCUAAUCACAUGGAAGCAGGUGGUGUACCUGGACGAGUCCACAUCACCUCGGUGACCCUUGAGCACUUGAACGGGUCAUAUAAGGUUGAAGAUGGAGAUGGCCAGGAACGUGAUCCUUAUCUAAAAGAGCAUGGAGUUGUAACUUACUUAGUGAUCAACCCAAAGGCAGAGAGAAAGAGUCCUCAACACCACUACAGACCCAGACACACCAUAUACGGGGCUAAGAUGAGAGCUUCAGUGAGGAUGACCAGAUACCUGGAAUCCUGGGGUGCAGCCAAGCCUUUCGCCAACCUUCACCACCGAGACAGCAUGACCAAUGAGAACGGAAAAAUCAACACCGCUGAUGUCCCCAUGGGCCAGUACCACUUUAAGAGACGUUCAGAGAGAACAAAAUCUCAGAAGAAGCGUUUUGAGGAGGAACUCAAUGAGAGGAUGAUUCGAACUUUCGAUGGCAUCACUUCUCAAAAACAAUGGCUUAAAUCAGAGGACAUUCAGAGAAUAUCCUUGUUUUUCCACAAUAAAACAUUGGAAAAAGAGUAUAGAGCAACGACCCUGCCGGCCUUCAAAUAUUACAUCACCUGUGCCUGCUUGAUAUUCUUCUGCAUUUUCAUCGUGCAGAUCCUGGUCCUGCCAAAAACUGCAGUAUUGGGAAUAUCAUUUGGAAUGUCCUUCUUAAUUCUGUCUGUGAUUCUGCUCAUUUGCUUCACUGGCCAUUUCUUGCAUUGCAAUAAGACUGCCUCCGCCUCUUGGCUCUGGAUCCUUAGAUCCUCUGGAAUCAUCGCCAACAAGCCCUGGCCACGCAUCACCCUCACCAUGGCGACCACAGCCCUCAUCCUGAUCAUGGCUGUCUUCAAUAUGUUCUUUGUAGAAGACAACCUAACUUCCACAGAUGCUGUUUAUAAUACAUCAAAUGAGACACUUCUUCAGCCUGAUGGGCAUCGCCUACCUUACCUGGACAAGAACACAUUCUACCUUCCUUAUUUUAUCUACAGUUGCAUUCUGGGUCUGAUCUCCUGCUCAGUGUUUCUGAGGAUCAACUAUGAGCUGAAGAUGCUCAUCAUGCUGACAGCCGUGGUGCUUUACAACAUCAUCAUACUUCAAACACAUGCAUCCCUGCUAGAUGAGUACAGCAAGUUCCUCUACAAAACAGAAAUCCAGGAAAGGCCAGGAGUUCUGAAAGACUUGAAAACAAUGGGCUCUGUGUCUCUCUUUAUAUUCUUCGUCACCCUGCUUGUUCUAGCUAGACAGAAUGAAUAUUACUGUAGGUUGGAUUUCCUGUGGAAGAACAAAUUCAAGAAGGAAUGUGAGGAGAUAGAGACCAUGGAGAAUCUCAAUCGCGUUCUGCUGGAGAAUGUUCUGCCAGCCCAUGUAGCAGAGCACUUCCUGGCCAGGAACUGGAAGAAUGAGGAUCUGUAUCACCAAUCAUAUGACCUGGUAUGUGUGAUGUUUGCUUCUAUCCCGGACUUCAAAGAGUUCUACACAGAAUCAGACGUAAACAAGGAGGGUCUUGAGUGCCUCAGACUACUCAACGAGAUCAUUGCAGACUUUGAUGAGUUGCUCUCGAAGCCAAAGUUCAGUGGAGUGGAGAAGAUAAAGACCAUCGGAAGCACAUAUAUGGCAGCCACUGGGCUUAAUGCCAGCCCGGGGCCAGAAUAUACACAGGAGCAUGACCGGCAGUACAUGCACAUUGGUACCAUGGUGGAAUUUGCCUUUGCACUGGUGGGGAAGCUUGAUGUCAUCAAUAAACAUUCCUUCAAUGACUUCAAACUCAGAGUCGGUAUUAAUCAUGGACCUGUGAUAGCUGGGGUGAUCGGAGCUCAGAAACCGCAGUAUGACAUCUGGGGCAACACAGUGAAUGUCGCAAGCAGAAUGGACAGCACAGGAGUGCUGGGAAAAAUACAAGUUACAGAAGAGACGAGUGUUAUCUUGCACACUUUAGGCUACAUGUGCACAUGCAGAGGAAUUAUAAAUGUGAAAGGGAAAGGAGAGCUCAAAACAUACUUCGUCCACACUGAGAUGAGCCGGUCUUUAUCCCAGGGGAAUGUAAUGCCAUGAAUCAUAGCAUCACAUGAGCAAUGAACUGCAGACAUCCACAAACAGGAAUAAAAGAGACAUUUGUAAAUAAUUGUGCCUAGUCUUUAGAUGCACGAAACAUUGGAUGUAUUGAAAGUGAUACCAUUUCUACCGUAUCGCAUAGACAAGGUCUGAGCACAGGGUACUGUAAAUAUGGUAGCAAUUAUUUUGUAAGAAAAUCAAAUAUAACAAAAAGUGUUUUGAUGUUUUAUCACCAUUCUUUUUCUUUUGUAAAAACUUCAUUAAACUUUAUAUGUACUUGUCUUUCUGAGGGCAUCUUUAUUUUUUAUGAUUGACAUUAAGGGUUUUUGAUAUACUGUAGGGCAGAUUACAGGAAUAAGCUAGUACUUUUCUGUGUUGCGUCACUGACAUGCUGUGCAUGAUAUGUGUGACAUAUUUACACCAUUGGCGUAUAGAUGUAGCUUUGGACAGUAGCGCCAUAUCCCUAUGAAAGUUGUGAAUGUAAUAUAGUAUUCUAUGUUUGUAUGUCUGUGUCAUGUUUUCAUUCAUAAUGAAUAUUUCCCUUUAUGUAUUUCAUUAACAUAAGGUGCACUGUCUAGUUGCGCCUUCUAUGUGAAAUGGUGCUGGAACACUGCCGUCAAGUCCUGAGAAGUGUUUGUACAUUUUCUCUAUUGCAUAAUUGUCCCAAGUGGAUAAAAUAUCAACUGUCAGUUGUAGUUGGAUAAAUGAAGGAGGUCUUAAAGUGGCCGUAUCUUUGGCUCUAAACUGCGCACAAUAACUUUUUCAUUUUAGAAGUUAAGACAGAAAAUGGAUGGAUCUUGUUAAUCUAAGUGGGGUCACAGGGAACUCAGACCAUAAGCAGGGAAACACCAUGGACAGAUGUCAGGACAAUCCAUCACAGGAAUUGUGGGGGAAACUGGAGUACCCAUCAUGCCAACACAGAAAGGUCCCCUGGCUCAGCCGGGACUCAAACCAAGGACCUCUUUGCUGUGAGAUGACAAGAUGUUGGCUUAAAAUGAUUUUAUGAAAUUAAAUUUCAAUGAUAAGA